AUGGAGAACCAGUCGACGCCGGCGGACGCCCACCCACAGAUUUCCCUCAUCAACACCUUCUGCGAGAUCACCGCUUGCGCUUCCAAAUCCGAGGCUCUAUUCUUCCUCGAAUCUCACAAUUUCGAUAUCGACGCCGCCGUCGCCACUUUCCUCGAUAGCACUAACCCCGCCGCCGACGACGAUGCCGCGGCUCUCACAGCCGCCAAUCCGAGCUCUCCACUUCAGCCUUCGCAGUCUCACUACUCGCCUUCUGAAUCGGCGUCUCCUUCUCCUCGCUCCCGAUCCCCUUCGCCGCCGCCUGCUUCUCGAUCGUAUAAUCUUCGUUCCGUCGCUAACCCUAAGAAAACUGGAGCCUCAGCGUCCGGGCGGCGGAAACCGGGGGAUGGUGGAAUCAGGACUUUGGCGGAUCUGAAUAGUAACCCUAGAGACGAGGAUUCUGAUAGCGAUCCCGAUUUUGAUCCUCAGGAAUACUACACCGGCGGAGAAAAAAGUGGAAUGCUUGUUCAAGAUCCAAGGAAGCCGACAGAUGUUGAUGCCAUAUUUAAUCAGGCUCGACAAUCAGGUGGUGUUGAAGCAUCUGCUGAACAUCACAUGCCUUCUUCAAGCUCGAGGAGCUUUGCAGGAGCCGGAAGGCUACUUUCUGGGGAGGUGGCGUCGUCUCCUCCUCAGCAUCCUGAAGCUGUCAAUCAUAACAUUACUUUCUGGAGAAACGGCUUUACUGUAGACGGCGGACCUCUGAGGAGACUGGAUGAUCCCCAGAAUGCAUCUUUCUUGGAGAGUAUCGGGAAGUCAGAGUGCCCGCAGGAGCUUGCCCCGGCUGAUAAGAGAACUGCAGUCCAUGUGAAUCUUGUGAGGAAGGAUGAAGACUACAAGGAACCGAAAAGGUCGCGCCUUCCAUUUCAAGGUGUUGGGAGAACUCUAGGCACAACAAGCGACACAACCCCGAUGGAGUCGAGUUCUGUUACAACAACCCUGACUACUGCUCCGGUGCCAUCUCUUGGCCUGGUCGUGGACCCAUCCCGACCGUCCACAUCGAUCCAGCUGCGACUGGCUGAUGGGACCCGGAUGGUUUCGCGGUUCAACAAUCACCACACGAUCAGAGAUAUCCGGAGCUUCAUUGAUGCAUCUCGGCCUGGCGGACUGACGACUUACCAGCUGCAGACGAUGGGUUUCCCGCCCAAGCAGCUCGCCGAUCUCGACCAGACGAUAGACGAAGCCGGCAUAGCCAAUUCAGUGGUGAUCCAGAAACUGUGACGGAUGUUGCAGCAGCAGCGCCGAGCCAUUAAAAAAUGAUCAGGUUAUAUAUAUAUAUAUAUACAGUUUACAUGAUGCUUUUUUAUUUUAUAUUUUUUAAUGGUUACUAUGAUCGAAACCAAAUCCAAUUGAUUGCAUUUGUGGCUACUUCUUUUUCUUUUCUUUUGUUGGAAAUAAUUCGUUUUUUUGGGGACUGA